AUGCAGACCGUCGACUUGGCGUCGGGUGCGACGCACAACACGGCGCUCCGCGCGGACGAGUCGCCGCGUCAGUUCUCGACCGACGGCAAGACCGUGGUGGGCACCACCGACUCGCGCUUCUUCGGCGCGGCGGUCGUCAACGGCGCGAUGGACUCGCCCGUGACGAUCGCGGACAGCGACAGCUUGGACGUGUACAAGACGGCGGUCGCUGGCAACGACGUGUACAUCACCGACUACGAAGGCGUCAUCAAGUACUCGACGCUCGAUUCGUCGACUUGGACCGUGCGCCCGUUCGGCUACGUGGACACGGACUUUCGCGCGCGCGAGUUGGCGUCGGACGGCGUCGACCUCUGCGUGAUCACGUACAGCCUCGAGAUUGCGUGCGCCAAGCUGGCGACGGGCCUCGAGACGUGGGAGACGUACCCGGGCCAGUGGCAGGCGAUCGCGGUCGCCAACAACACGCUCACGGCCGUGGCCUCAAGUAACUUUUUGUUCGUUUGA